AUGGCCUCUGUGUUGGAAGGGUUGAUGAGUUCUCGCCGUCGAGGCUCAAGGUCGCGGUCAGAAUCAGAGAAGCGGCUUCAUUCCCGAUGGGGCGAUGCUACCAUCACAGCUCCCAAUGCUGGUUGGAGUCAACAGCACCCGGAAGCCCAGCUCAACCACCCGGCCGGUCAAGCCCAUGGCAGUCCUGAUUCUCAAAAGACUCUGGUCAACCAGUCGCCUGAUCUCACCUACGACCCGGACAAGGCGGCGACGGUCGAACCAACUACCCACUCACCUCCAUCUAUGGUUCAGCGGGAGCGGAGUGCCAUUGUCAUCACCAUCCCUUUACCAUGGUCCCGCAAGACGCAACGGCGGUCAUUGUCUGUGGGCCAUCUGCAAGCCCGAGAUGCUCAACCGGUCGAACAUGUCGCCCCCCAGAUUGACAAAAGGCUUGACGACCGGCCGGCGGAGGCAGACUCGUGGCCCCUUGUGGACCCCUUGCGUUCAAGCGCGCCAGGUGCACACCCCGAGAAGGGCCCUGGACCUGGGCGUCUUCCUCAAUUACAAACAGGUGUGCCACCGGCCAGAAGCCAGCCCGCCUCAGCCAUUUCCGUCCUCAGCCCCGUGGCCGAGUCAUUCAAUGGUCUGUCGGAAAGCAACAAUGCCACUCCCAUGGGAACAACGCCCAUUGCGGAGGCUGCUACCGACGGAGUUCCUCCUGCCAACCGCGUCGAAGGCAUCACUGCUCGGAACCUAACUUCACGACUGGACAUUUAUCUUUCCCAGUCACCUAAUUCUCUUCCGUCUUCUUUGAUCGCCAAUCCAGUCGAGCUGUCUGAAUCGGACUUUGAAACAUCAAACACCCAAAUACGUCUCGAGAGCGAGAUCAAAGACGUAGCGAGUCCCGAGGCGGAGCUGGUGCAGGAGGCAGGUCUGCGUCCCGUGAAGCCACUGUUCGCGCUGAGUCGGUCGGACCCACACGACGAAGAACUGUUUCGCGUGAUAGUGUAG